CCACAUACUGGAAGUACACGGCCAUACAUUCAGCGUACAAUCGUAUAUAUAUAAAAAGCACAAUGAAUGCAGGGGGAGCUUGCUUGAUUGUUUUAAUCUUCUACUUUUCUGCCUCUUUUGCAAUGUACUUUCACUCGGCCGAAAGAGAAGAAAAAUGUGUAAUCGAGGACAUCCCGUCGGACAUUCUGGUCACAGGUCGUUAUAAAAUACAGAAAUGGGAUUUGCACCAGCAUGACUUCCUCCCCACGGCACCCGGACUAGGAAUGGUUGUGACUGUCAAAGCCCCAAACGCUGAGAUCGUGCUGUCAAAACUGUACGGGCCUGAUGGAAAAUUCAUGUUUACGUCACAUUCUCCCGGGGAACACACAAUUUGCCUGCAGUCAAAUUCUACCAAUCUUAUAUCUUUUGCCUCAAACAAGCUGCGGAUCCACCUUGACAUACAGGUGGGAGAACAUCCAUUAGACUAUGUUGUUACCGAUACCAAGGAUAAAGUGAAGGAAGUUACGUACAAUCUUGAACAUCUCAGAGGGGAAAUCAAUCAUAUUCUUAAAGAACAAGAAUACCAGAGAGAGCGCGAGGAUCACUACAGACAGAAGAGCGAAGACACUAACAGCAACGUGUUGUGGUGGGCGAUCGCACAGACGCUGAUCCUGACAUCGGUUGGCAUCUGGCAAAUCAAACGAUUCAAAGAUUUCCUGAUAGCAAAAAAAGUGGUGUAGGCAUCACAAAUACUAAAAAAAAAUAAUAAA